AGAAAUCAGAUUCCAGAAGCCUCUUUGCUUAUAUAUAUAUAUUUUUUCCCUUCAGCCCUAUCUAUCGAAUAUCGACCUCCAAAGUCAAAUCCUUAUAAGUAAUAUUUUGCUUUCAAUCUCCAGAUCAGAAGAAAAUGGCCGACAUAGAUUUUCUUCCGAGAGAGUACGGAUACGUGGCUCUUGUUCUUGUUUUCUACUGCUUUCUUAAUUUCUGGAUGGGUUUUCAAGUCGGCAAGGCCCGCAGAAAGUAUAAGGUGCCAUAUCCAACUCUCUAUGCCUCUGAAUCUGAAAACAAAGAUGCCAAGCUCUUUAACUGUAUUCAGAGAGGGCACCAGAACUCUCUGGAAUAUAUGCCCAUGUUUUUUGUGCUGAUGGUAUUGGGAGGAAUUAGGCAUCCUUGCAUAUGCGCCGGCCUUGGAUCUCUCUACAUCGUCACCCGCUAUUUCUACUUCGAAGGAUAUUCCACCGGGGACCCACAAAAGCGCCUCUCCAUUGGGAAGUACGGAUUCUUGGCGUUGAUGGGGCUUAUGGUAUGCACCAUUUCCUUUGGGGUUAGUCUUCUGCGUGCUUAACCGACUAUAAAUUUGCUCAGCGGUGCCAUCCCAUUAUCUGCAACACUAGUUUCCCUUUUGUCCUUUUUCUUUUUUUUUUUCUUCCUUUUUUCUCUUACUAGGUCAAGAAUAAGAAAAAGAAAAAGCCCAAUAUUGUUUUGGGCUUGAAAGAGUUUCAGUUGUGUUUUAUCUCGACAAAUAAAAAUGCAUCUUUCAGUCACGGUGGCGGCUUGUAAUAGUUAGUGGGCUUGUAGUGUGUAGUCUUCAAAUUGCGACAAAAUGUCUCGAGAAUCUGAGAUUGACCGAGUAAUUGAAGAAAUCUAUUUCCUUUGGAA